AUGAUCUAUGGGUCUACUGGAGCUACCCACUUCGAUCAAUUAGCCAUGAUUUUGACUGGAUACGAAAUAACUGGUGCUCGAUCUAGUGGUAUUUUUAUGGGGAUUCUAUCUAUCGUUGUAGGAUCCCUAUUCAAGAUCACUACAGUUCCUUUUCGGGCGGCUGUAGAACGGACGGCCGCCUAUAGGUUGUUGGGUAGGGUGGGUGGUACUACUCAGAUUGCGGCCAAUCUUCCUAACCGCGCGCGGGCCGGGCUUAGUGCGCGUGAAACCCAUCACUAUCUCGUAAGGGCGUUGAGACCAUAG